AUGCCUGUACCCGACCCCCACCCGACAUUGCUGUCAUUCCGGAAGCAAAACUUGCUAGUCGAGUUUUCCAGGCUGCGCGUAGCUCGUUUGGACGGCGUUUUCGUGAGCAUCACGCCAGGCGAUCCAACGCUCUGGGUAGGUGUCAUAUUCGUUCGGAAAGGGCCAUAUUCGCCAGCUGUUCUGCGAUUCCAGAUAUCGUUUCCCACUACGUAUCCUGCAUUGCCACCACUGGUGACCUUCUCGACCGAUGUUUUCCACCCUCUUCUGACCCCGUUGACGACCUACACCUACACGACUGGAUCGUCGGACACGGACACUGUAAGCGCUACCGACGAGGAGAGACUGCCCCCGGGCGGCUUCAGCCUGCGCCAUGGCUUCCCACAUUGGUUUGGGCGGGCGCGGAGGAGUGCAGCCAGCUCGCGGAACGUCAGUGGGUCCGGCGUGGGGACUCCUUCAAGGAGCGAAACACCAGUCGUGAGCGAGUCAAAGGGCGAUAAUGCGGCUGCAGGAGGCUCGUCCCUGCCGGUGGCACCUCGCGGAGGUGUGCCGGUAGCUGCAAUACUAAGAUACGUCCAGUCGACGUUCAGCGACGAGGCGAUACUGGAUUCCAUACCACUAGAAGCUGCUGCGAACCCAGGCGCGUACCAUGCAUGGCGGACGUACCGAGCGGACUUCUUGCAAUCAAAUAUCACGCCACCGCCGACGUCCCCAUCUGCAGAGUCUAAUACAGGUAGCGUCGGAAGCGGUGGUCGGUCAGGGGACGCGGUAGGUGCGGCUCGGGCACGGCGACCGGGAGAGUGGAACUGGGAGGGCGUCUGGGAGGAGCGUGUGAGAAAGGCGGUCAGAGCAAGCCUCUCUGAACCCGUCCUUUACGGAGGCUUGGGUGGAGGCGAAGACAUGGUAAUUCGCUUUCUGGAUGCAGAUGAUGAAAGCAUCACAAAGAUGACGAGGCAAAUGCAGGCACUCGUUGCGGUUUCGAGUGAGACCUGA